GCUUUGUUUUGUUUGUAUUUGCAUUGAGUCGAGAAGUCUCUACUUGACAGUUAUUAUUGCUUAGUGUGGUCUAGAACUCGCUAUAGAGCAAGUCGCAAUUAAUCGAGUCUAAAUAAUUUUAGUGUUUUUGACAAUAAAAAUAUUCUAAAAAGAUGUUUAUCAAAAAAUUAAAACUAUUUGCCAUUUGUGUACUAUGUCUUAAUAUGUAUGCGCAAGCACGUUCCGUUUCGGUCUCUCAGAUGGGGGAUGUUUAUAUUUCUAUAUCGGAGGACAAAUGGAUAUGUGAUAGAAUCGAAUGUCCCAUGGAUGCUUUUCGUUGUUUCGUUUCCAAAUCCAAUGAAGAGAAUCCCUCUGUUUUAAAACGUAUCAACACUUGCUAUACCAAGGACAAUCAGGCACUGAUUCACAAAGAAUUUGAAUCACCCAUUGAUCCUAGUUCCCAUAUUCGUUUACAAAUUACUUCUACCCGUAAUGGCAAUGUAAUAUCCGCUUCUAGUGGUUUAGAAAAUUUCGAUGAGAAAAAAUUUCAGGAGGAAAUGAAUAAGAUGCAAGCCAACUUAAAUGCCCAAAUGAGUGAUUUGCAUGCAAAUUUACAAAAAAUGAAUGAAGACAUUCAUACAAAUAUUCAAAAUCAAAUGCGAGAUUUGCAACAUAAUCUAAAUAAUAUGCAAUAUAAUUUGGCUCAUAUGUUUAAUUAAUCAAAUUUCAUUAUUUUCACAUUAAUUAUUUGACAAAAAUUAUGAAAAAUUACACGAAUGUGUUAAGAAAUUUGUGAAAUUUUGGUUAUUUUUAUAUUAUUGAAAAUCUAUUUAAAUUAUUUUAUAAUCCCGUAAAAAUAAAAGAUAUUGUUUAAAGCAUUACAA